UGUCAGGUGACUAACUUACUCCACACAGCCAUGUUUUAUAAAGUGGUGAAUAAAUUUCAAAACGAUCAGAAUGGAUCCUCAUUCUAGUUCUCAGGAUGUGCACCGAUGUGACCUUUGUGAGUCCGCCAUAUUACAUAGCUACUGUGACUUUUGUAAUGUUAAUCUCUGCAAACCCUGCGUAGGAGAGCAUAUUUCAGAUGGAUAUGACAAGCAUAAAAUUGUCCUUUUCCAGGAACGUAGAUCAACCCUUAUUUAUCCAAAAUGUGAAAACCAUUCACAUAAAUUUUGCAAAUUUCAAUGCCAGGACUGCGGCGACAUUUUCAUUUGCUCCUCCUGUAUGGCAUCUAAAAAACACAAAGGCCAUAACUUUGAAGAACUAGCAGAGGUUUACAAAACAAAGAAAAAAAAUAUUGAAAAAGAUGCAGAAGAGAUAGUUAACGUCAUAUCUCCUUCUUAUGUAAAAAUUGUAUGUGACUUGCAAAAACAGAUUGCACAACUACAUGGAGGAUAUAAGAAACUGGCAACAAUAAUAUCCAAAUAUGGAAGGCAUUGGCACCGAAAAGUUGACUUGGUCAUCAGAAAAAUGAAAACUGAAAUCAGCGAGAUGAAAAUAAAACACAGAUACAUUUUACAGAAACACUUAGAUGAAGUCAAACAAAAACAUUAUCUCAUAAACCAAACAUUGACGAAUGUUAAAGAAAUUGUGAUAUCUACUGAAGUAUCACCAAUCAUUGAGUACAGCUCAAAGAUCAGAGAGUUCAGCAAGCUUCCACCCAAGGUUCAGGUAUCACUGCCAACAUUCAUUCCGAAAGCAAUAGACUGUGAAAAGCUGUAUAGUGUGUUAGGGCUUAUCACUCCAUUAUCCACUGAUACAGAAGAAAUUGCCUGGCCACUUAACCAACCUACAUUUUCAUCCAAACAACUAAUGGAUGAACCGGAUCAUAUUGCCUCAAUACAGAUAAAGUAUGAAAAUAAACAUGUAGGCAAUGUAACAUUUCCAGAAGAAAACUUGUGGACGAGUGGACAGACGAAUGAUAAAAAGUGUUUUAACAUUGGCAUUAUUGUUCUCCAGACUAUCAAGAAAAAAAUUGGCAAAUACCCUAAUGAUGUAGCUCUAGACAUUGAUGGCUAUCUACUUUAUUCUAGUGGGAAAACAGUGGAUAAAUUUAAGAAAGGACGGACAAAGGAGUUAAACAGAUUACAGGGAUGGAAUCCUUUCAAACUGUGUGUCACCUCUACUGGUGAUCUUCUUGUGACUAUGUUCAGUGACAAUGGAGUUCAUUCCAAAAUUGUCCGUUACUCGGGGUUUACAGAGAAACAAACAAUUCAGUUUAACGAGGAAGGUAAACCUCUGUAUUCACGUGAUCAUAAAAUGUUUAUCACAGAGAACAAAAACUCUGACAUCUGUGUAGCUAAUAGUGGAUCUGGUGCAGUAGUCGGGUUAAUCAGGAAGGGAAACUCAGAUGGAGAUACACCGGUUAUUCGUCAGCUUUAAAGAAGAAACCUUUUAGACCCAAUGGAAUCACAGCGGACAGUCAGAGUCAUAUCCUAACAGCAGACUGUGACAACCAUUGUAUCCACAUUCUGGAUCAGAAUGGACAGUUUCUCCGUUACAUUGAUAAUUUUGGUUUGGGAAAUUACCGAGGUUUAUGUGUGGAUAAUGAUGACAAUUUGUUUGUGUGUGAAAAUUCAAAGGGGAAUAUAAAGAAAAUCAAAUAUUUGAAAUAGACACUACAGUUUGUUACAAUGAUGACAAUAAAGCAAACUAGAUAUUUUGUUUUAGGGAAUGUUUCUAUAAGAUAAUUGAACUGUUGUUUUAUUAAUGUUUUAAUUAAUGAAUAAAAUACUUUUUUUAAAAAGGGAAUGUGUUGUUUGAUUUCAAAAGAUUUGACCGAUGCUAAAAUCAAGUGUCUCUAUUUUUUAAGAAGAGAAGUAAUUUUAGAUAACAAUCUAGUACUUAUUACAAAUGUUCUAUUGUAUUGCACUUUAAAAUUUGGUUUAAAUAUUAACAGUUUGUAUAACAUGGUUUUGUCAUUGAUAUUCCACGUUUUUUGUAAAAAGAGAGUAAAAUUGUGAUAUUGAAAUUUAAAAGAAAAAAUUGACUUGUACCAGAUUUGAAUGCAUAUGGCUGUUGCUUGCUUACUCGUGUUAAAAAAAAAUAAAAACUGCUAUAAAUGAAUAUGA